AAUGUGACAUAUAGAGGAGCAAGGAUAUUUGAUGCUAUAAUGGAUGAUCUUCUAGCUAAAGGAAUGAAGAAUGCUGAUAAUGCUAUACUGAGCGGUGGGUCGGCCGGUGGAUUAGCGACGACGUUAAAUUGCGACAAGUUUAGGGGAUUAUUGCCCAAUGCUGGUAGAGUGAAAUGCGUUGCUGAUUCUGGUACUUUCCUUCAUGGAAAACAUCUUAUUGGAACCAAGUACAGAGAAAACUACUUUGCCCACGUAGUUCAAACACAUGAACUUGCCAAACGUUUGCCAACUAAAUGCACGUCAAAAAUGGAUUCCAACUUGUGUAUUUUCCCUGAGAAUUUUAUUCGAGAUAUUCAGACGCCACUCUUUGUAGUCGAAGCAGGUUUCGAAAAAUUCCAGACUGAAGAUCUUAUGAUACCUGUUCUUGGUGGUAAGACACAAUGGAAUAGUUGCACUACAAAUUUAACACUUUGCAAUUCAACUCAAUUACACUACAUGAAAGACUUUAGGGCUGUCUUUGUUAAGACACUGCGAAAAGUUAUCGACAAAUCCUCGUCUAGAGGAUUGUUCGUUCACUCAUGCUAUCGCCAUGGCCACAUCGAUCUUAGAGACGGGUGGGCGUGCUCAACUAAGGUCGCAAAUAAAACAAUUGGAAAGGCUGUUGCGGAUUGGUACUUCGACCGAAGCCCCUUUCAUGCGAUAGAUCAUCAACAUAAAUUGCCACAAAAUUGCACCCUACCCGAGGACGAACUCGUGAAAAAGUGUCUAAGUUCCUAUUAAUUGUAUGUGAAUUCACAUUAAUUAAGGUUUUAAGUACAGUUUACACUCCUAAAGUACAUGUGCUGUAACACUUACCCCGGUAAUGUAAUAAACGUAACAUUUGCUCCCUCUACUAAUUAAUAUAUUCAAUGGUACGACUUUUAAUUGCUUUACUAUUUUU